AUGCCUCCCAAGCGCAAGGCCGGCGGCGCGGCAGCGGACGCGGGCGGCGCGGCGACGGCGACGCCCAGGGCCCGGCAGUCCAAGCUGGGCAAGGAGCACAACAUCACGGCGCAGGAGGAGGCCGAGAUCAAGGAGGCCUUUGGCCUGUUCUCGGAGCCCAUGGACGGCGAGAAGGAGGGCGUCAUACCCACCAGCGACGUCCGGCGCGCAAUGAUCGCCCUCGGCAUCCCCCCGACCUCGCCGGCCGAGCUCGCCGAGUUCGUGGGCAUCCUCGACCCGGACGACGAAGGGUUCGCGACGUACCCUUCCUUCGUGGCCAUCUGCGCCCUCAAGCUGCACGCGCGCGACCACACGUCGGACGCGCACCUGCGCGAGGUCGACGAGGCCUUUGCGCUCUUCACCGGCGGCGACGACGACGGCAACAACAACAACAAGAUCACGCUGGCGCACCUGCGGCGCGUGGCGGCGACGCUCAAGGAGGACGUGCCCGAGGAGCUGCUGCGGGACAUGAUCCUCGAGGCCAACGGCGGCGCGGGCGUGGGCCAGGGGGUGGAGAGGGAGGAGUUUGAGAGCGUCAUGCGGAGGGCCGGGGUGUGGAGGUGA